GACAAAUCUUACGCGUGUAUGCGUCAGUCUACUUGUUGGGGUUGGGGGGUUUGUUUUAAUGCGAAUGGUGCACUCGUUCCCCGAAUAAAAGGCAUUUUUAUGUGCACUGUUACUUCAGGGUGAACGUUCUCAUCUUCUCAUCAAAAUUUGCAGAUUUUCAGUAGAUACUUCAACUCCAGUAACAUUGAAAGUGGCAGUUGGCUUGAGUGAAGUUAAGCCGCCUGCAGUCUGAGUUGAUACCACCGUGGAUCAGUUCCUGAAGGGUGUCGGGCGGCAGCUGUCUCAGCUGCUGCCCGGCAACAAUGAGGUUGAGACGGGUGUCCGUGACCCGCAGCAGACCAUGGAGAUCAUCAAAAAACCAAAGGUGGAAAAGGUGAGGAUGCUGGAGCGGUUUACUGCAGUGGAGCCCGCACCUGGCACCCUUUACCUGACCGCCACACAUCUCAUCUUUGUGGACCCACGCAACAAAAAGGAGACCUGGAUAUCGCACAUGCACAUAGCGUCGGUGGAGAAGCUCCCGCUGACGCCGGGCGGCUCGCCCCUGCUGGUCCGCUGCAAGAACUUCCGCUCGGCCACGUUUGUCAUUCAGCGCGAGCCCGACUGUCACGACAUUUACACGUCCCUGCUUCAGCUGUCGCAGCCCGUGGAGCUGCAGGACCUGUACUGCUUCCAGUACACGCCCCGCAGUACCGAGCUGCGUCAGGAGGAGGGCUGGAACAUCUACAACCUGCGUGACGACUUUCGGCGGAUGGGCGUUCCGAACUCGGCCUGGACGCUGACGGACAUUAACGAGUCGUACGAGGUGUGCGACACGUACCCGCCGCUGCUGGCGGUGCCGGCCGCCGCCUCCACGGCCGUACUGAUCGGCUGCGCGCGGUUCCGCAGCAAGGGCCGCCUGCCCGUCCUCAGCUACCGGCACCACAAUCAGGCGAGCAUCUGUCGGUGCAGCCAACCUCUGUCCGGCUUCAAGGCUCGCUGUCUGGAAGAUGAACAGAUGCUGGAAUUGGUCCGUAUGACCAAUCCCUCCGACAAGCUCAUGUAUGUGGUGGACACUCGGCCCAAGAUCAACGCUAUGGCGAACCGAGCCUCAGGGAAAGGAUACGAGAACGAGAGCUUCUACCAGAACAUCAAGUUCCACUUCUUCGGCAUUGAGAACAUUCACGUUAUGCGGCAUAGUCUCAGCAAACUUGUGGAAACCUGCGAGAGCAAGACGUCGGCGAUGUCGUCGUUCCUCUCUGGCCUGGAGGCGAGCGGCUGGCUGCGGCACAUUCGCACCACCCUGGAGGCAGCCCAGUUCGUGGCCUCAUCGGUGGAGGCCGGCACCACGGUGCUGGUGCACUGCAGUGACGGCUGGGACCGCACCAGCCAGACGUGCGGCCUGGCAGAGCUGCUGCUCGACCCCUACUACCGGUCACUGCACGGGUUCCAGGCGCUGAUCGAGAGAGUCUGGCUGGCUCACGGUCACAAGUUCACCGACCGGUGCGGAUUCAUCCAGCAGGACCCCAAGGAGAUCUCACCCAUCUUCACGCAAUUUGUCGAGGCGGUGUGGCAGCUGACCCAGCUGCAGCCCCAGGCGUUCCAGUUCAACGAGCGCUACCUGCUCACGCUGCACGACCAUGUGUUCUCGUGUCAGUUCGGCACAUUCAUCGGAAACUGCCACAAGGAUCGACAGGAUCUCAGGCUGUCGGAGCGAACUUACUCCCUGUGGGGGUACAUGGCGCACCACCGCAAUGAGUACCUGAAUCCGCUGUACGACCCCACCCUGCACCCGGGCUGCCUGAAGGUCAACCUGGCUCCACAGACUAUACGGUUCUGGCGCGGGAUGUACACGCGGUUCGAGUUCGGCGUCCACCCGCGGGACAGCCUGGCCGAGGUGACGGGAUGCCUGUCCGACCACAACUCCUCACUGCGCGACCACAUUCGGCUCAUGGAGAAGCGGAUAGCGCAGCUGGAGAGCAGGCUCAACAACGCGGCCGACGGGGAGAACCACGGUGGCGCGGACAGUACCUCCGGCACGGAGAAACUGUCCGAGCGGCGACACAUCCACGACCAGGUGAACGCCAACCUGCAGCUGCCGCCGCUGACGGCCGACCAGCUGACCAGGGAGCUCGACUCGGUAGCCAUCGAGUGGGCCUCGCCCAGGGGUGUACGCGAGUGCAGCUGCACCACCGCCUUCGACCACUUCAGCAAAAAGUUCCACUGCUGGCGAUGCGGCGAGAUCUUCUGCCAGCGGUGUCUGGACCGGUGUCUGAGGCUGCCGGGCCACCUGGGCGGCGACCCGGCGCCCGUGUGCCGGCCCUGCUACCGACUGCUGACCAGCUCCCAGUCGAUCGACUCGCAGACCACCUGAGGACACGUCUACAACCCCUGGCGACUGCGGUCGGGCUCCGGUGCCGCGCGCGCCCGCAUCAGACCGGCCGCCGCGCUCGACCCCUUCUACCGACCCGAGAGUGGCGACGAAUUGUGAACGGUGAGCCCGGCCGGCGAGCCAACAGCUAGAAGGCAGAGCUAGAGCCAAACUGUAGAGCUAGAGCUUGCAGGUAGGCUACAGAAUUGACCUGUGAGGUGGCUGGCUGGUUGGCUUGCUAGUUUGCUGAUGAGCUGGUGAGCUGACGGAUCAGUUCGGUAGCCGACCUACCGGUGACCUAGUGAACUAGCUGGCGAGCUGGUGGGCUAGCUAAUCAGCUGGUGGGCAAGUCGACCAGUCUGGUGGGCUAGCUAGCCAGCUGGUGGGCUAGCGGGCCAGCUGGAGAGCUGCCGGAGUUGUUAGGUGAGCUGGCCGGACCCCCGACAGUCUUUCGUCGUUCACUCUCGGUUAGUGCGGUAGAUGGAGUUUUUACGGCAGUCGGUCGGCGCCGGGUGACGCGACGCGCGCCAGUUUUGCCUUGUUUACGUGUUGCGCGGUUUGGUGUGUAAGAACUUUGUGAGGCGGCAGCGAAAUUUUACCGAGGGAUGACGCGGCUGCCGGCACCGGCUCUCUCCAGCCUCGCAGUAGCUGGGCGAGCCGGCGCCGUCCUGCGCCGGGACAGCGGUCGGCACGCUUUCCGUGUGGCUUCGUAACAUUUGCGUUGCGGUGUACUACCGAAAAGCGUGGCGCUUGUUUAGUUUUCACGGGCACGCGUGCACCGGUUAGGUCUGAGUUGUUUACGCUGAUGACGGCCCGUACGCUGGCCCUCGGACUAAGUCCGUGUCAGCACGGGCGGCGUCCGGCGCGGCGGCAGCGGCAGCGGUCGACCAGGGGUUGUGCGCGCACGUUCAGUCGGCGUCGCUGGAGAGAGGGAGGGAGAGGGAGGGAGGGGGCCGUCGGCCGCACCGGCCGGUCGGACGGCGAGCCUUUCCGUACGCCGUGUCGGCGACCACUGGUCGAUUUCGGAGCUGUGAAACUUUCUCCAGUCACUGCGUUCUUGGUUCGUACUUUCGUUUAGUAUUUCAUCACUUCCCGUGGACUCACGGACAGGGAAAAGUAUCUCAACGAGUGGCUAACUCCAUAUGCAAUGGAGGAACGAAGCUCAACUUUUCUGUGCUCUCGGGGACUUUGCGACUAUGCCAGGAUGGUUUUCUUUAAAGGGCCUUCCGAUCGGCCUGUCUUGCCCUGUGGGCUGUCCUCUGAUAUUUAUAUAGUGUUGUUAAGGCCUGCGGGCUACACGGGGCUACUUACGAUUUUUGCGACCGUUUGUGACAGCCUCGUGGGCCUGCGCACGCUGUUGAUAGUUAUCCCUGGGGCAUGUCUAUUCCGGGGACUGUUGAUGUUGCGUUUGUUUCGCCUGUUGCGCUCGAAUCUCGCGUAUCUUGCCGACGCGUGCAUAUUUUCUAGUCGGUGCGCUCGUCUGGGAGCGACUGCGGGCCCUCCGCCGCCGCCCAGCGCCCGAGGUUGCCGUGGAGCACGCACACGCCGCUCGGCCGUGGUGAUUCGGUGUGGCGCUGGCCCUGGCCGGGGCUCCGUCUUACUGGGCACAUAGUUCGGACGGUACUGGCGGGGCCGACUGCUGGGUAGUCUGGGCGAGGGCUGCCGGGGCGAGACUGUCCGGCCCGCGGCAGGAGAGGUGGCCAGACACGGGGCUGGCAGGUGCAUGAGACGGAUGGUGUCGCGCGGAGGUCUGCUGUCUACAGGGAAACCGGUCGAGUUUCCCACUGAGAUGCCGUUGGGCCGCGCACCGAGAACUGAUUCUAUCCGAGGUGCGGCUAGCCCCGCUGUUCAGGACAGGGUGUGUGCGUAUAGGCCGAAUGUAUCCAAAUGCGAGCAUGUUACCUUAUGCUACCGGUCUAACGGCGGCGGAAUGCGAGUUGACACGAUCGGACGAAUAAGGGAGCCUGGGAGCGCACAGCCGGUCUCUGCGCCGGUGACCACGGGCAGAUGUUUUGUAUCAGCUGUGAUGGUGAUAUGGACGAGUUAUCCAUGGUACGCAUUCCAAGUAUAUAUGUCUAUCUAGCUUACACACGAAUGUGCUGUCGUGUCACGGCCUGUCAGUGUGUGCGCUGAAAUACACGACUGUAGACCAAA